AUGAUAUGCUUGAAAAUACCCGAUAUACACACCAUUCAUGAACAAACGACUACUCAACUGACAUCAACAUCAGGCAUCAGAGACAGUGGGUAUGAAUCAUGUGAUGCUGAAAAAUUAAAAAUAUCGAAUAGUCAAUCAAAUGUAUCAUUGUCACCGGAUGGUCAAACAUUAAUCGUUUCUUAUUAUACAACACCAUCCGUUGUUGAUAAAAAUAAUAAUCCUUCUCAACAAACAGCAAUGAGAACAUUUUCUUCUAGUCACUCUCAACAACAUCCAAAUGAUUUAAUUACUCAUCGUGUAAGAUUAGCUGAACAAGAAAUAAUUGAAGUAUGA